AUGCUCAAGGGCGGCGUGAUCAUGGACGUCAUCGAUGCCGAGCAAGCGCGCAUUGCCGAAGAGGCCGGCGCCGUUGCCGUCAUGGCCCUUGAGAGGCGAGACGGCGGAGUGGCCCGCAUGAGCGACCCGUCGAUGAUCAAGAGCAUCAUGGAGGCGGUGUCGAUCCCGGUCAUGGCCAAGGUGCGCAUCGGCCACUUUGUCGAGGCGCAGAUCCUGGAGGCCGUCGGCGUCGACUACAUCGACGAGAGCGAGGUCCUCACCCCGGCCGAUGACGAGAACCACAUCAACAAGCACAACUUCGGCGUCCCCUUCGUCUGCGGCUCACGCAACCUCGGCGAGGCCCUGCGUCGGAUCAGCGAGGGCGCCGCCAUGAUCCGAACCAAGGGCGAGGCCGGGACGGGCAACGUGGUGGAGGCGGUCAGGCACGCCCGAACUGUGAACGGCGAGAUCCGCAAGCUGACGACCAUGGACGAGAACGAACUCUACACCUACGCCAAGACCAUCGGCGCCCCGAUCGACCUGGUGCAGCAGACGGCCAAGCUGGGCCGCCUGCCCGUCGUCAACUUCGCCGCCGGCGGUGUGGCCACCCCGGCCGACGCCGCCCUCAUGAUGCAGCUCGGAAUGGACGGCGUGUUCGUGGGUUCGGGCAUUUUCAAGAGCGGCAACCCGGCCAAGCGGGCGCGAGCGAUCGUGCAGGCGGUGACCCACUACAAGGACCCGCUCGUGCUGGCCAAGGUGUCGGAGGACCUGGGCGAGGCCAUGGUGGGCAUCAACUGCGACCAGAUGGGCGAAAAGUGGGCCAAGCGGGAGAGCGGCGCCGCCACCCCAUCCAACGCCCACCAGUAG